AUGGUCGGAUACCUUAUGAUGUUCUUUAUAACGAUCCCAUUGUUUUAUCCUCUACAAAUCACGAGCGUCUACGAGUACCUUCAGAUGCGACACGAGUCCCAGAGAGUCCGACAGAUGUUCAUGUGGUUGGGUAACGUCGUAAGUCUUCUGUACGCGGGAAUCGUCACUUUCGGCGCCGCAAUCGGUAUGGAAGGGGUGACCGGCAUAUCCGCGUGGAUAUAUGUCGUAGUGUUGACGUCGAUAGCGGUGGUGUACACGUCAAUAGGCGGUAUUAAAGCGGUUGUGGUAACUGACGUAGUCCAAGGUGUAAUCAUGAUAGCUAUGAUAUUUGCCGUACUAAUUUACGGCUGUAUUCGUGUUGGAGGUCUUUCAACAGUGAUUGAGAUCAACUGGCCUAAGGGUAGAUUACGGGUAUUCGACUUCGAUCCUAACCCGUUAAAGCGCCACACAUUCUGGACACUUGUAAUAGGCGACGGAUGGAUGUGCGCUGCCAUCAUCUUUAGUCCUCCCUUGGUACAGCGUCUGAACUCUGUCCGCUCUAUAGGGGAUGCAAGAAAGGUAGCAGCAAUGUCGAUCCCAGCUUUUGUGAUAGUACAGAUUCUUAUCAUGUGCGAAGGUCUAGUGGCAUAUGCAUACUUUUCACAGAAAGGUUGCGAUCCUAUUGCGUCGAAACAAAUAUCCAACCCGAACCAAAUUAUACCGUAUCUUGUGACAGACUUAUUUUUGGACGUUCCCGGUAUAUCUGGACUGUACCUGGCUGCGCUGUGCAGUGCGUCACUGAGCUCCAUCUCUUCCCAGCUCGGCUCUAUUUCAGCAGUCACUUCCGAGGACUUCAUCAGGCCGCGGUUAAAAGUAGCCUCCGAAAAGAAGCUAACGCAAUUUUCAAAAUUAAUUGUCGUCUUGGCCGGAGUGGUCUGCAUUGGUAUCGCCAUACUUAUCAGCAAGGUGAAAGGUCCGAUGGGGCAGAUUACCGGCAGCAUACUUGGAGCGGUACAAGGGCCAAUGACUUGCGUGUUCCUCUUGUCAAUAUUCGUUAGGUGCACCACUCGGAAGGGUAUCUACACUAGCAUCGUAGUUGGAGUGUGCUUUGACCUUUACACUCGUGGAAGGUAA